AUGCAUGGACUGAGGGAUGAUGACGUCACCACCUUUGCAAAGGUGAAAUGGCCCCCUGUCAGGAGUCAGAUGUCAGGUUCCCAGCUGGAGCUGGCAGGAGGCUCCGCCCUCUCCCCAGCAGCUGUCAUCAGCCUCAACAGGGCUCAGCAGCAGGCAGAGGCCUUGGCCAAGGAGGUUGGCUGCCCCACGUCGCCUGACCAAGAAGUGUUAGCCUGCCUCCGCCAGAAACCUGCCAACAUCCUCAAUGAUGCCCAGACCAAGCUCCUGGCUGUGAGUGGCCCUUUCCACUACUGGGGUCCUGUGGUUGAUGGCCAGUACCUCCGUGAAGCUCCAGCCAGAGCACUGCAGAGGCCUCCGAGGACCAAGGUCGAUUUGCUCAUUGGCAGCUCUCAGGAUGACGGAGUCAUCUACAGGGCCAAGGCUGUGAAGCAAUUUGAAGAAAGACAAGGCCGGACCAAUAGCAAAACAGCCUUUUACCAGGCUCUGCAGAACUCGCUGGGUGGCGAGGACCCGGACGCCCGUGUCCUGGCUGCUGCCACAUGGUAUUACUCCUUGGAGCACUCCACAGAUGACUAUGCUUUCUUCUCCCGGGCACUGGAGAAUGCCACCCGGGACUACUUCAUCAUCUGCCCCAUGAUCGACAUGGCCAACCUCUGGGCAAGGAGAGCCCGCGGAAAUGUCUUCAUGUAUCAUGCUCCCGAAAGCUAUGGCCAUGGCAGCCUAGAAUUGCUGGCAGAUGUCCAGUAUGCCUUCGGAUUGCCCUUCUAUCCUGCCUACAGUGGGCAGUUCUCUCUGGAGGAGAAAAGCCUGUCACUGAAAAUCAUGCAGUACUUCUCCAACUUCAUCAGAUCUGGAAAUCCCAACUACCCACAUGAGUUCUCGCUGAAAGCACUUGAAUUUGCAGCCCCCUGGCCUGACUUCAUCCCCCGAAUGGGUGGGGAGAGCUACAAAGAGUUCAGUGCCCUGCUUCCCAAUCGACAAGGCCUGAAACAAGCUGACUGCUCCUUCUGGUCCAAGUACAUCCAGGCUCUGAAGGCCACAGAUGGAGCCAAGGAUGCACAGUCAGCAGGGAGUGAAGAGGGGGACUUGGAAGUGGGAUCUGAGCUGAGAGAAGAGUUCCUGGGCCCCCUGGAGUCAGGCCCCAAGAGCUACAGCAAGUGA